AUGAUUUAUAAAUUCACAGUAACAAAUUUUAGAGACAAAAAUUCUUUGAUAUUCAAACUGGAAAACACCCCAAAUGGUAAUCAACAAACAACGGAGCCGUCCAAAACAAGUAACUCCAAGCCAAAUGCGAAGACUGAGCCAUUCAAAAAGUUUGGCAUAUUGAAAAAGCUGAACCAAGCGCAGCUCGACAAGCUGCAAUACAACGAUCCAUCCAGUCAGUCCCUGAACAUAAGCAAGUCCAUAUGCAUCCUGUCGCACUGGCCAUUUUUCGACACGUUCGAGCGUUUCCUCAACUUCCUGCACAGCCUCGUGAACGGCGAGCCCCAAGGUGUGCCCAUCGAGAAGUACAUAUCGUACUUCCUUUGCGACAUACCCUUCCCGAGCCCCCAGAGGCCCCGGAUCUUGGUGCAGCUGAGCUCCCACGACCGACUGAUUCUCACCCAACCCGAGGACUUGGCCCUUCCCCGUUCGGGCGCCAGUUUCAGGCAGUUGCUCCUCAACUUAGGAGCUGACAACUGUUUGCUGAUACUACUGUUGACCCUGACCGAACAGAAGAUCCUCGUGCACUCGUUGCGCCCGGACGUACUUACGUCGGUGAGCGAAGCCAUAGCCAUGAUUCUGUUUCCACUCAAGUGGCAACUCCCCUACAUUCCACUCUGUCCGCUCAGCUUGGCCGGGAUAAUCCACGCGCCCAUGCCCUUCCUCAUUGGUGUCGAUUCGCGUUUCUUUGAUCUUUGCGACCUUCCCAACGACGUCAACUGCGUCAACCUCGACACCAACAACAUCGCCAUCUGCGAGGACAAACGUCACUUGAGCAUUAAACUAUUGCCCAAAAAACCCGGACGGUUACUCAAGAAUACCCUCGAAAGAAUAUACCUGAAGCUGUUGUCUAUCAAUCGCGAUCACCAACAGGAGGAACUUUCGGGUAAUUUUGACGAUAGAGACUUUAGUGUGGAUAGAGAGUUUCAGCAGAAGCGCAGGGAGCAGGGCUUGGAGCUCGAGAUUCAGGACGCGUUUUUGCGAUUUAUGGCGAUGAUAUUGAAGGGCUACCGGUCGUACCUACUACCGAUCACUAAGGCGCCCACUGUGGGCACCACAGACAUAAAAAAGCUUUUCAAAGAAGACGACUUUUUGAGAAGUCGAGAUAAAACUCACGCCAAGUUUUACAGUAUGCUCGUCGGCACGCAGAUGUUUACAAGGUUCAUUGAAAAACGAACUUUCGACUCCGACAUGGACAUGGCUGGCCUUGUCUUUUUCGACGAAUGUACCGAAAGGGUCGAGGAGGAAAAUGUGAUGCUUUUGGAAUUGGACGAAUCGCAACACAGCGAAAGAACAGUUUUCAUACCACCACCUGAACCAGGACUCAAUCAGCCACCCAUAGUGUACGACACUUUCAAGCUAGACACGAAGCUCAUGCGUCCACAGAAGAGCUUUAUUUUGAAAAAUCCAGCAUUCAAUUCGUUCAGCAUGACUCCCGGCAGUCCCAUGGCUCGCAGGACAAAGCACGAAAUCAAAGUAGCCCAAAGAAUGGCUCGUAAGCAGGCCGCUUUACCAGAACGCUGGGGUCGCUGUUUGCUCAACACUUGUUUUAGUUUGUGGUUUUUGCACUUACCGGCCAUGUUGCAAGUGUCCACUCAACCUGCCAACGUUUUGCACCAAGCUUAUGAAUUACUGGUGAAAAUGCAAAAACUUCGUUUAAACCCCAUUGAGGAGGUUUGUUAUCGUGCAAUGAUGCAACUGUGUGGAGUGUAUGAGCAGCCGUUACUUGCCGUCAAAUUACUUUUUCACAUGAAGCGAAGCGGCGUUCAACCAAAUGCACUUACGUAUGGAUUCUACAACAAAGCCGUCCUGGAAGCAACGUGGCCCUCCGACAUGACGAAUUCGAGUCAGUUGAUGUGGAACAAACUGCGGAACGUGAUCGUGGGUGCGGCUCUAUUUAAAAAAGCUGGAAAAAAGACUGCCAGGCGUCGUCUAAGUUCGAACAAUGAGGCUUUACUCUCCGGUGACGAUAUAAAAGUCCAGAAUAUGGAACACGCGAUCUCUCGGUCGAGUCUCGACAGCACACACUCGCAAGACACCGAAGCUGCCCACAGUGACUCUCUAAAAGAUAGUUCUAUACCCGAUCUCCCUACGUUUGGGAUGAACGAAAAGAAAAAACAACUCCCGAGACAAAAUAGCAUAGUCAAAGACACGGCUAACAUUUGUAAUUCGCAACCGGAAGCUCUCAACCGCUCACCGAGUGAUCCUCGCUUAAUAAGAAGUAUAGAGUCUCCUGUAAAAAGUCCCGUGAGAACCCCAGUGACAGAAAACGACCCACUGGGUGCUCUAGCCAACGAUGACACGCCAAUAGUGUCGCCUUGCGAAGAAAACGAUUCAAACUGCUCAACGAGCACACUAACCGUCCUAAACAAUGUGAUCGAUGACAACAGACCUGGUGGUCCUUUACUUUUUCGCAGCAAUAUUAUACCUCGAAGUGCAACUUUCCAUCAAGCGGGAGAAGAAUGCAGCAACAUAAGCAUAGGUGGUCACCUACAACGCAGUGAAACGAUGCCACAUUCGGUACAGGGGGUUGAGCAAGAACGUGAACAAGAACGGCUUGAAAUAGGAAGCAUUUGGUCUCAAAAUAAAGACAGCGUAACUUCAAGCUUAUCCAGCAUUGGGUCCAGUCUCAAGCUUAGCUUUGGGUGAGUCGAAAUGAUAAAUAC